AUGGUUGCUAUAUCAUCUCCUAUAUGGUCCUUGGGAUGUUGCAAUGAUGACCGUCUAGGAGAUUUUAAUGGUGUUGCCAAGUUUAGGGACUGGUGCGAGGAUUGUGGGUUUAAUGAACUAUUGUUGUUACCACUGAACUCCCAUUUAAUUGAUACUAGAUUACAUUUGCUCCGAAGAAAUCUAGUAAUUUCGGAUAACCUUCAAACUGUACUAGAACAGUUCUGUACCCGAUACAUUUCUAAUCGACAAGAGAUUUUACUCGAGCGCUGCCCAUACUAUUCGUGCUCGGCCUUUGCUGUGAGUCCGCUCUGGUACCCACUUAAAUGCAACGAUGAUGAUCCUGAUGAUCAUCCUAACGUUGUCGAUAGAGCAGAUGCUUUAAAUAAGUAUUUUCAGAUUCAAUAUGCUCUAUCACCUUCUAAAUCCGAGGGAGGUUCAAACCAAGAGGAGUCAGUCUUGGAACUCUGGAGCAUGACUUGGAUUAAGAAAUUAAUUCAUCUCGUUGUGCAAUAUAAGAGCCAGUCAUUUAGUCACGAUAUAAUUGUUCAGCAUGUUAUCAGCAUGCUAUCUGACUCUCAAAUGGAUAUUCAAAUGAAUGUCCCUAACGAUGGCCAUAGCGCCGCAACAGGCGUGGCGACUGCCGCAACGACGACAACCGGAGUUAAUGCGCAAGAAUGUGUGCACACACGCGUUUGUAAGAUUGCGGCCGAUCAAGAAAAUGCACCGAAUGAAGCCACGAGAAACUUUUGCCAGUGGAUUUCGCUAAACGCUUAUUGGGCAUUAUCCUAUGGAUUAUGGGAGGCCUUAUCUGAUGAGUAUUCGACGAUCACGCUGGAAGAAAUUGUAUCGAAAGAAGGGUUUCAGCCUCGACAUACUGCGAACUGGAACGACUGGCAAAUUGGCCCUUACUCGGUCGAAUUAUUACUCCACGUCUUAAAUCAGGCGUUGGAUAUUGAGCGGCUUGCAAACAUACAACAACUGACGAAGGGGUCCGCAAGUCGCGAACUGAAUUUGACUUCAGACCAGUCGAGUGAAGAACAAGAGAAUGUAGUGGGUAUCCAGAGAAGAGUGGGAAUGGGAGUGCUGCUAUUGAAGAACAAUCAGGCGCUGAAGGAAUUGUUCUUAUUUUCAUUAUUUACUCAAUGGCAAAUAGACGAGGAAUGGCGCCGAAGAUUCGGCAGCAGCUCUAAAAGGUGCGGCAAGAGGACUAAGCUGGUUGGUGACAUUCCCAUUUAUGUUCCGACUAGUAGCGCUGAUACAUGGUCGUACCCGCGGUUGUUCAACAUGGAUGCACGAGACGGCGCGUUGAGGCCCAAAUACGUCUCAGGACUGCCUCCGGACUAUUGGUCGAAGGAAGGUCAGUUGUGGGGAACCCCUUGUUAUGACUGGGAGAGUCACUAUGGUGAGCUUGUUCGGUUUUGGGAAGAACGCAUCAAGAGGAAUCUCAAUUUCUUCGACAUGAUUCGUUUAGAUCAUUAUCGCGCAUUCGCUGAUUACUGGGGGAUCCCCGAAGCGGCAGCUAGACGCGACAAAUCCUCGCGGUCUGGCAGUUGGAGACCUGGGCCAGGCUCUCAGUUCUUCUACAGGAUGUUGACAGACCUAAACAUUUGUUCCACGAAAUUCAUAGUCGAAGACCUUGGGGAAGCAACGACACUCUUCAACACACUGAAAGAGGAAUGCCCCUUUGCCAACAUGUCUGUUUUACAAUUCGUACUAGACGAAGCUAUUCACGAAGCCAUGCGCGAAACUGCGAGAGAAGCGUUACAUGCCACUGCGCUGUCAGAGGCGCGACCUUCGACGGACAAAGGAGACGCUACAACAAUGCCCCCGUCCACCUCAAUACCCUCGUCGUCAAGGCAAGCAUUCGUUAAGUUGAGAAUACCGACGUCUGCUCUUCUAUUCACUUCGACCCAUGACAAUCCCGCCCUGCAAAAAUGGCUGGACGACAUGGAUCAUGCUAGAAAGGUUGCUGUUAACCGUAUUACAGGGAUACCUUUACAGAUCUUAAAUAGCUGCAUUGGAGGCCGAACGCUGGCCAUAUGGCUCAUCGAGAACCACGAGGCCCUGAGACGAAAAAAUGAAAGGCCUUGCUUCAAUCCAGCCCACCAGGGUGGUUACAACAAUGGGGGUCUAGACAAUGGGAGUCAGGGCAAUGAUUAUCAGGGCAGUGGCAAGGGAGGGGCGGCUGAGCAGCCUUGCGAACUUCCGGGUUCUUCGUUGUGUAUCCAUUUGCCGGAUUUGAUCUCUGCUCCUGCUUGUAUCAACGUCCCAGGUCAAAUCUCGGGGGCUGAGCUUUGGUCCUGGAACCUGAAUGGAUUGGACUGGGAGACGAUGAGUACCUUGGUGUUUAAAGCUUGGGUCCGGGCAUUGAUUUCACCUUGGCCUUCUCGGGAAGUGUCACUGUAA